ACCGCCGUUCAUAACGUAGUAAGUUUUCGUUGCGAACGGACGUUGCCCAACCAACUUGGCCUUAACCCUUGCGCUCCCUCCGAUUUAUUCCGCGGCAAACACAUUCCAGUGGACAGCGGUGCAGUUCAGCCCAAGACCAACCUACAUUUUAGCUCCCUGCAAACUCGUUUCUUCAUCAAAUAACUAUGGCGUCCAACCGUGCAGCGAAGUCUGGUUUUGCCGCCGAGGCCCAGCGCAAAAUUAACUCCAAGUACAGCGAGGAGCUGGCACAGGAGAGCCUCGAGUGGAUCAAGGCCGUCACCGAGGAGCCCAUCAACACAUCCGGCGACACCGACAACUUCUUCGAGGUGCUCAAGGAUGGCGUCAUCCUGUGCAAGCUGGCCAACGCCCUGCAGCCCGGCUCCAUCAAGAAGAUCAACGAGAGCAAAAUGGCCUUCAAGUGCAUGGAGAACAUCUCGGCCUUCCUCGCGUGCGCCAAGAACUUCGGUGUCCCCACCCAGGAGACCUUCCAGAGCGUUGACCUGUGGGAGCGCCAGAAUCUGAACUCGGUGGUUAUCUGCCUGCAGUCGCUGGGUCGCAAGGCCUCCAACUUCAACAAGCCAUCGAUUGGCCCCAAGGAGGCCGACAAGAACGUGAGGAACUUCAGCGACGAGCAGCUGCGCGCCGGCGCCAACGUCAUCUCCCUGCAGUACGGAUCGAACAAGGGCGCCACCCAGUCGGGCAUCAACUUCGGCAACACCCGGCACAUGUAGAUCGGUGUCCUGCUGCCAGGAUCCUCCGCCCCACACUUCGCUCUCAGACAUUCCGCAACGAAAGACCAAACCAAAACGCCAACAUCUUACGACGCAGCCGCUUUUGGGUUCCACACACUUUUCACGAUUUGAGCCAGAUUUGGGAAGAGCCCCUGAAUGAUAUGAUAUCAGAUGGAUAUAUGGAUAUGGAUAUAUAUUUAUGAUACCAAUUUGUAUUUGUAUUCCAAUUGACCAGGCGUAUGCUGUUAUGUAAUAACAUAAACUACUUUAAUUUAAUAUUAUUAAGUACUCGUACAUACGGAUCUUAGGAUGAUUUAUUCUAUUUUCAACAUUUGCAUUCGCAACACGAUCGUUUUGCAUACUUUCGUUCUAUACAAACCGCACUCAGCUUCGUCCUGUGCCAUCGAAGACAGUUGGAGAUGGAGUUCCCACGCAACGUGGGAUAAUAAGUGAUCAACGGAUCGAAAUCGAAAGGAAUUGUGUUUGAUGAAUGUGUCUUCUAUCUCGUAGAGUAACGAUUACAAUGUUGUUUCGAACUAACCACCUGAAUACCAAUCAAAAACGCAGAGCAUUUACAAUAAUGUAUUUACAGGCAGAGAAAAUAUAUACAUACGUGUUACACACUU